AGACAGAGAACCAAAAAAAGCAAAUAUGGUAGUACCUUCCUGAUUUCAGUUACAAUGUCAAAAGACAUAUAAAAGGUUUAUCAAACAGUAAAACUACUUCUUUUCUGUUUGUCUCUCCCCCGAAUUCUGAUAAACUUUUAAAUCAAAGAAAGCUUCUACCUGUUUAGGAGGAGCAUUUGUGUUUAUGCUUUUUAUGGGGACAACAAAACAUUAGGACAUUUAUCCACUUGCUGUUCAUGUCCAUAUGGUGUAAAGGAAGUUCCGUGAAACAUCUUGAAAUAAUAAAGGAGGCAAAGAUGAACAAAAUACUAUGGUACAUUUGUAAUCAAACUUUCCAUGUAUGGAAUGCAUUUAUUUGAGUUGCACAGCACUGUAAAUACUUGGUGAGGUGGUCACAGCUGGAAUGCAUUAGUAUUUUUGUGUGUAUUUCUUACUAGCAGAUUUGACAUACUGUUCAUCUAUUGAAAAAAAUAAUUUGUGAGAUAUAGCACAAUGAUGUUACAGCACAAUGAAAUUCUUGAAGUGCACUGUCAUUAUGCUUAGCAGAUAGCCAUGUUUCAGAUUGACUGAAAACUGUACAAUACAUGCAAAAAAAGAAGCCAGAAGACCUAAAAGGAUAUUUUGCAUGUAGCAGCAACAUUAAUUUGGUCCUGUCCACGUAAGAAAUACACACUAGAACUAUUAAAACUAUUCACUGUAGAUUUCUCUCCUUUUCACUUCUGUGUGUAUACAUAAAUACAUAAUUGUGUUUAUGCUGUAAAUUUUAAGGUUGUAUAAUAUACUGGGACAUAGUGUGACUUAGGCAAGUUAAUGCUGCUGCUGUGGCUUUGGUUCUCACAUUUCUUGAUGCGUAAAAUUCUGUGGGCAAUAACUGCUAAUGCUUGUUUUGCAUUUAAUCUCUCCAUAAUAAAAAGCCUUGUAUUUAAUGCACUCUGUUCCUGCUGUCUAAAUAAUAGAAAGAUAGCAUUUAGAUGUUCAUGUAUGGGGCAUCAUGUAUGGGUUGUUCAAGACAAGUUAGAAAAGAAUUUUUCUGCUGCUGUGAGGGAAUUUUAUUAACUUUUUUAUGUCUGGGUAUGAGUCAGACAUUCUGUUUAAUCACAGCACCUUCCCAAAUGAAGAGGAACUACUGAAAAAGAUAAACAUUGUGGAAGAGCAUGGAGAAAAAGCGUGAAAACUCCCUAACAUCAUAUGUGCAAGAUCAUUUGGUUGGUCUUUAUAAUUUUUUAUUAUUAUUUCUACAAUAAAUAGAUUUUAUCUGUCAAUGUUUUCAGAAAAAUAAACAGGUAUAACAGUUUUUUUUUUUUUUUUUUUUUAACAGGCUAGGGCAAAAGAUUUCACCACGUGUCACUUUUCAAAGGCUCUUGAGUAGGCACCUCUGCAGCUGCUGCUUGCUGCAACUUUUUCCUGUGAUUUCAGUCAGCUGUAGCUACUGAAAUUUAUUAAUCAGACACUUUGAAUUUCACAAACCAGAAGGCUUACUAUGGAAAACAGAAAAAACUCCAGCCACCCGCAAGACAGCUCGCCGCUCGGCCCGAACACCGCGGCAGCCGCCGCUCGGAGACGCUCGGGCUCCGCUCACGGCCGGCCGCGCUCCGGACGAUGGCCGCUGCCACAGCUCGCCUUCCCCGCGGGGAGCUCCGGGGCUGCGUCCCGGCCAACGGGGCUGAGCUGAGACCCGGAACCGUCCCCUCGUCCCCCUGCGAGGAGAGCAGGGCAGAGCGGGACAAGGGCCAGAGCCGCGCAAGAAAGGGGGCACAGCGCCAGCCUCCGCUUCCCCUCGGGCGGCGAGUGGGAGGGCGAGGCCGCCCUGAGGGGAGCGAGGGCGGGGCGCGGGGCGGGGCCCCGGCCGUUGCCGCGGCGCCGUCGCCGUAGUAACCGUGGGGAAGCGCUCGCGCCGUUAAAGCGCAGGGCGCAGGCGCGCGGCCGGGGCAGGCGCCGUGCGGGUUAGAUGGCGCACCACAAGGCCGCGGACUCCAAGCGGGAGCAGUUCCGCCAGUACUUGGAGAAGUCGGGAGUGCUGGACAUGCUCACCAAGGUCCGGCGAGGCGGCCGGCAGAAGAGCUCGCCUGGAAAACUUGGUGCGGCGUGGCCUGGAAAUGGAGCCCGAGGUGCGCGGCGAGGCGGUGCACGCCGGGAGAGGGCAGCGGGCCGCUGGAAACGUGCCCCGAGGGCUGCAAACCGCUCCUGCCCCGCACGCUCACCGUGUGCGGGGCGAGUGCUGGAGUGUUGGUAGCCUUAUAUGAAGAGCCAGAGAAACCAGAUAGUGCACUGGAUUUUCUGAAGCAUCAUCUGGGAGUUUCAGCUCCUGAGAA